GUCGCUCUACAGAACACAGCGGAAAGUUUUUAGUUAUAAAAAUAGUGCAAACGUUGUUAGUGCUAUCAAUAAGCUAUCAAUAAGCAACUAUUUUCAGGUAUAGCUUUCAAUGCAUUUACAAAUACAUAUAGCCGGUACAGUAAAUUAAAGAAUGUAAACACGUAAAUAUGUAAACAUAUCUUAAUGCACCUUAGCAGAAAAUAAUCCGAACACGGCUGCACCUGUUGCAUUUGUAAACAGAAAUAUGUAACCAUAUUGAAAGCUCGCCUGCUGCACACAAUAUUAAAUGUUAAUGUACAUAGUAUAUACAUAUAUAAUACUAACAGAAUAAUAAUUGUGGACAUCUGCACACACACGCACAUAUACAUACAUAUAUAAGGGCAUUACCGAAACGUUGAACAUGUCGUCGGGCAAACUCAUCCGCUGGGGCAUCGCGUCCGCUGGCAAAAUUAGCGAGGACUUUGUGAUUGCAUUAAGCACGCUGCCGGCCACAGAUCACAAGGUCGUAGCUGUGGCAGCACGCGCCCAGGAGCGGGCUGCAGAGUUUGCCAAGAAGCACGAGAUACCCAAUGCCUAUGGCAGCUACGAGGAGCUGGCGAAGAGCAAGGAUGUGGAUGUGGUCUAUAUCGGCGUGCUGAAUCCGCAGCACUAUGAGGUUUCCCUGCUGAUGCUCAACCAUGGCAAGCAUGUGCUCUGCGAGAAGCCGCUGGCAAUGAACAAGAAACAGGUGGAGGGCAUAUUGGCUGCCGCCAAGGCAAACAAACGCUUCUUCAUGGAGGCCGUCUGGUCACGCUUCUUUCCCUCUUAUGAGCAUGUGCGCCAGCUCAUCCAGACCGGCGCCCUAGGCGAGGUCAAAGAGGUGGAGGUCAAUUUUGGUUUUCCCCUGUCCAACGUCGAUCGGCUGCAGAAACGCGAGUUGGGCGGCGGCGUUGUUUACGAUCUGGGCAUUUAUACUAUCCAAGUGUCGCAGUGGGCAUUCCAGGAGCCGCCGCUGAAAAUCGAAUCGACCGGGCAGACCAACGCCGAGGGCGUGGACGAUGAUGUCAGCGCCACGCUCACCUACAGCGGCGGACGCACUGCACGCAUGCGGGUCUCUGGCAAGGUGCAGCUGGAUAACAAGGCCGUCAUCAAGGGCACCAAAGGACAAGUAACGUUGAUUAAUUUUUGGUCGCCCAACAAACUGAUUGACAUCGAUGGCAAGGAGAAGGAGUGGCUGCCGCCCAAGGGCAAGUACGCGACCAACUAUGGCAACUCGGAGGGCAUGCGCUAUGAGGCGGAGGCAGUGCGUCAAUCCAUACUCGCUGGCGAGUUGGAGAACAAGAGCGUCACCUACGCGGACAGUUUGCUAUUUGCCCAGAUCGAGGACACGAUCAGAAAACAGAUCGGUGUGCUCAAUAAAUAUGACGAGGAAUAGACCAAAUUUGCCACAUAUAAUAUACAAGUCUAUAUAAUAACUACCAAAACGAUUUUAACUUUUUCAUGUUCGCAAUUAUAAUCUGUACUCUAUCUAAAUGUA